UGACUGCAUGGCUCCGAGUUGUCGUGGGAGUGGAGAGAAAGAGGGGUCUGACAAGAUCACCACCACGACGAGCAAAACUAAGACCAAGAAGGAGGUGUAAAAAUCAACAAAAUAAAAAAGGGGAAUGAAUUUAAAGAGAAGAAAGAGACUGAGAAGAGGAAGUAGAAGAAGUUGAGCCGGUUAGAGCACUGGAAUCGAGAGCUCAUUCGCUUUUGGAGCACAUUCGCCUGUUGCUCCGUUUACGUGCUCGUAUACUUGCUUUUAAAUUAUUUUAUCUUUACUUGAAACCAGCGUCGUCGAUUUUUUUUUUUUUUAUUAUUUUUAUUAGAGUGAAUCAUUCAUAGAUCCAAGAUCUAGAUCUAGGGUAUCGCUACUUUGAUAAAUCACUUGCGCUAUUAAUUAAUUAUUAUUUAAAAUAAAUUACUUUGAUGACAAGGCGUUAAAAUUUCUUUUUAAAUUAAAGUGACGGCAAGUUGCUGAAUAAAUAUAAGAAGAAAUAAAAGUUUGGGCCACUUAAGAGGGUCACGCUUUAUUCAAGUGUUUGGUGGCUUGUAAGUAAAGUGGUGAUUAUUUAUAAUUAUUAUUAUUUUGCAAGAACUAGUUAUAAAUAUAACAAUGACGUGUGCGGAUGAAACACUUUUAUGUGAAAAAAAAAUCAACAUAAAUUCAAACAACUCGACAUUUUUCGAAGUCAAAAGAAAUGAUUUAGAUGAUGAACUGAUUAGAAAAAGUGAUGAUAAAAUAUAUCCAUUAGCGGAAAUUACAAAUCCAUGUACAAGACAACUUGAAAUAUAUCUCGAGUCUCGCGGAAUCCGGACGUGGGAUGAACAUGAGUACACGUGCAUCGGAGAAGCAGCGUCAUCGAGCAGCUUAGAAAGCACCAGCCAUGAGUUAAUAAGCGAGGGAAACUCAUCCGGUUAUAAUUCAUCGGGUAUUGAUGAUAAAAGUAAACGUGAUUCAGAUUCAAUUUCAACUUCUAGUAGAAGUGAUUCUGGUGAAAUGAAUUGCGUUAGUUCGCAGAGUAUCAAACUUCCUGUUGGUGCUUUUGAAUCUACUUUGAUAAAUAAUAAUAAUACAGUAAAUGAUAUUGAAAAUUCAAUAAAGCAAAUGAAGCUCAAUGAUGUAGAGUUGAAAAGAACAAAACGUAAAAUAGCAGCCAGCAAAAAAUUUGUGAGAAAAGAAAUAGAUUAUGAAGAAAUUUCAAUGUUUCAUGAGGCAGUUAGAUCGGGCGAUGCUAAAAAAGUUGAAGAAUUAGCGGCAUAUGGGUCAAUUAAUGAUCUUGAUGAGCCUGAUUGGAAUGUAUCUGGUGAUCCGCCGCUUCUUGUUGCUGCUACUAAUCAUUAUUUGCCUGUUCUUAGUGUUUUAUUGGCAAGCGGAUGCGAUGCAGGAGCACGUUCGCCCCGAGGUGAAACCGCAUUACAUCGAGCAAUACUUAAUGGAGGACCUGGUAAUGUAAAGCCGUUUGUUAAAGAGUUAUUGGAGAACGGAUGUUCGCCGAGUGUUAAAGAAGCUGGAGGUGGUUUGACAGCACUUCACAUUCUUGCACGACAGCUAGCACAUAUGCAGCCAUCAAGAAGUCUUCAUUAUAACUUUGAAGAAGCACUAGAGACACUUUCGAUUCUUGCUAAAGCUGGUGCUGUCAAUGAUAAAGACCAUCAAGGACGUACUGCGCUACAUAUUUUAGCUUCAUCAACAAUACUUGAUAAUAAUAAUAGAAAAGAAAUAGAAUUAUUGGUUAAAAUAUUAUUAGAAGCUGGAGCAGAUCCAACUUUAAAAAAUGAUCGUGGUGAAACGCCGCUCCAUGAAUCAUUAGAGUACGGGGCUUUGAAUACCGCAGAUGUAUUGAUGCCACACACACCUACUGGAAUAAUAUCACGUUAUGGUGAGACUCCGCUCCACAUUGCGGCAAGGAAAAAUCUCACAGAAGUUGUGAGUAAAUUGUUGAAAAAUGGCGAAGAUCCAAGUAUACAAGAUGCCAGUGGCAAUACUUGUUUGCAUUUAGCAUCAGCUCGAGGUUUCCAUCAAAUAGUAUCAUUAAUAGUGACCUCGCCACUAGCACAACUGGAAAAAGUUAACGACGAAGGUCUUACUGCGUUACAAGUUGCUGCUGAAAGUGGUUUUGUUAAUGCGGUUAAAUUAUUACUUAAAGCUGGUGCUGAUCCACUGGUGCUAAUUACUAAUAAUUCUUCAUUGCUCCGUCGUCAUCCUGAUAUUACGAUAAUUAUUAAUCACGAAUUGACGAAACGUCGUCAGCUUGCUACUUAAAUUUAUUUUUUAUAACUAUUUUAUAUUUAAUGAAAAUUAUUAUCGAAUUUUACUUACACUAAAUUUUUGUUAUAUUUUAUAUAUUGUGAUAUUAAUAAAAAAAAAUCUACUUA